AUAAUUCCAUAUUGUUAGUAAAUAAUGUAUACUGUUGCAUGUUACAUUUAUCUAAAUCGUUAUGUCUGUAGAUAAUACCGUUUAGACGUGUUGUCGCAUUUCACUGCUAUGUUGAAAUUCAGUUGAGUCCAAAGUCCCCACACCAGUAUCUCUUUGCAUCUGAGUGGUGACAUAAUGGCUGAUUAUGACUGAGUCUAUGGGCCGUGCUCGGUGGUGAUUUAAAUACAUACUGUCUGAGCAGGGAUUCGUAGCCUGGCAUUAGGAUAUCUCUCCAGACUCACAGUGCAUCAGAGGCUUGUCAUCAGUCUGUAGCGUUUAAUUUAAGUGGGGGUUUGACUGAGUGAAGUUGAAGGUUGUCUGUGUUAUGUAAAUGUUGCCGUCGGCGAGUUCUCCUCUCAUAAUGACAAUGUGCUCACAAUUUGUAGUUGUGCUUCUAUCUAGCAAUCAAGUUCAAGAUGGAGUGCAAGUUUGAACAUGUUGACUCGUUUGCAUGCAUAUCUGUAUGAGCACACAUGUGCGAGCACCCUUUGGUAUGUUUGUCAGAUGGUGGGGGUCGACAAGAGGUGUUCAAGUAGCUGACAAAGAUGGAAAGUCGUCCAUUCAGUCGUGGGUCCUGGGUGACGCAGUCUUUGCGUGUCACUGCGAAGGAGCUGUCACUGAGUGGCCGAGGGAGAAACAACGCCAUAGCUGAGCGCUUCUCCAAGUACCAGAAAGCUGCUGAGGAGUCAAGUGCAGAGAAGAAAAAGACCUCUGAGAGUACAGCACCCUCCCUGCGUACAGCUAACCUGAGUGCACUGAAGAAGCGCUGGGAGCAGGCAGGGAGCCUUGAUCAGGCAAAGCCUUCUUCUAUUGCACCUCCCGGCCAGUCCAGCUCUCGCCGCAGGCCCCCUGCUUUGGCCAGGCCUGCCUCUAUCACUGAGCACCAUCCUCCAGUGAAAAGCCCCAGUCCACUGACUGGUCAAGGAGAUCAACUUACAGCCAGUCGUGACCAGAAGCCCCCAGCAGUGCCAAAGGCAUCCCAGGGAGGAGAACAGAGGAGAAUGGACAGGGAUGAGCUGACACACGGUGAAAGACCUGAAAAGCUUGAAGAGCAAGUUCCAACCAGCCCCUGUGCCUCUUAUGAAAAACCCCGAGUGCCACUGAACAACCUGAAGAUGAAGUUUGAGAGGGGAGAGGAGUCCAUGAGCAAGGGUGGAAGGACAACACUGCGCAGUACUUCAUCUGAGGACACGGACCAACACGGGGGUCCGUUUGUGCCUGACAGAGUGUUGGAGUCGACAUCCACAAAGGAGAAGAUGGCCAAGUACCAGGCUGCUGUUUCUAAACAAGGCACAACUCGCCCUGGUCUGACCCCAGAGGUGCCAGCUCCAAAAACAUCUGCAGCAGUAAAUCAGAAACACAUUCCUGCACCUGAGUGCAAUGGGGAGAACAGCGAGCAACCCAAAGCUUCUCGGAAAUUUUCUCCAUCUGUGAGGGAGACAUGCAUCGCCUGCCUGAAGACCGUGUACCCGCUGGAGAGACUGGUGGCUCUUCAACACGUCUACCACAAAAGCUGCUUCCGCUGUAUUCACUGCAGCACAAAGCUCAGUCUUGGGAACUAUGCCUCUCUGCAUGGCAACGUCUACUGCAAGCCCCAUUUCAACCAGCUAUUUAAAGCUAAAGGCAACUAUGAUGAGGGCUUUGGCCAUCGACCUCACAAGGAGCUUUGGGAGCCUCGAGCUGAUGGAGAUGAAUGCGAAGAAGCGGUGAAGCCAAAAGAACAAGUGGUACCAGCAGCUGUGACAGUGGCAGUGGCAGCUGAGAGCAUCUCAGACAAAGAGCCAACACCAACUGUGCAAACAUCCCCACAGGUCAAGGUUACCGACCUGACUGCCUUACUGGAGACCCGUGUGCAGACACACGCCAGCUCCGAUGAGAAAGCCCAGUCCACAGAGAGGCUGGCUGAGACACGCAGGCUGAGGGUCGCCUGGCCUCCUCCGGCAGCUGAGGGCCACUCUGGAAUGGCAGCAGUCAGCCCGGUCACAGAGGGAGCUGCCCCAAGUCGAUCCAGGAGAGCCAAAUGGCCUCCAGAGGAUGAGGUGCCAUCAGCCUUCCAGAGCUCAGAUCGGGCCGAACUGGUGAGCCUGAGGAGGAGCUCUUCUCUAAAGGAGCGCAGUCGGCCUUUUACAAUUGCAGCUAAACCCAGUCCAGCGACCACUCUGGGACCCAGGGAACCUCGUCGCCCUCUCAAAUCCCUGCUGGAAUGGAAAAAAUCAUUUGAGGAAAAAAACCCACCUGAGGAGCCGCCCAAAGAAGAAAAGCCAGCGCUUCAGCAGGUGAAGCAGCAGGAAAAGAAAGAGAAGGUGAUGCCUCAAAUACCAAGUGAGACCAUCUCAGAGGAGGACGUGGAGACUAGGCCUGAACAAAAGGAAGAAAGAGAUGGACAAGCAGAGAGAGAAGAGGCAGCAGAAGAGAAGAAGGCAGCAGAAGAGGUCUCUCUCAGAAGCAUCUCCCCUGAUAUUUCACCAUCGCCCUCUCCACCUUUACAGCCAAAACAGAACCGCGCCUCGCAGGAUGUGGGCUUCUGGGAGGAGGACAAAGAAGGAAGUGACACAGAGCAGCUGAGUGCAGAGGAUAUAAUCAAGAGGAACCGCUACUAUGAAGAGGAGGACUCUGACUCAUAGGAACAUCCGACAGUCACAUCCAGCCACCAUACCAACACGUUCAGUCAGUUUUGUUUUCUCAGUUUAUAGGUAGAUCACAAAUAUAGCUUUGCCAGAUUUUAUAGUGUUACUGGAGAGAAGCACAAGAGUGUAAUAGGUGCAUAUAUAUCUAUACAUAUUGCAAUAUCUGCCUUUAAUUGUUUAAGUACAAAUGUUUGAUUUUUUUCCUUUUUUUUACAUUUUAAUUAUAUACUGUAAAAAUGUCUAAUACAGCUUUUAUAUGAUUUGUGAUUAUUCUGGAAGGUGGGCCUCAAUUAAAUCGAAUCACUACAUCUCUGGAGCAUCAGUGGAGUACUUGCAGGUGGUGUGUCCAAAAACCAUUAUACUUUGUGUGGCACUUUUGAGGAUGGGAGCAGCCUGCUGCAUGAAGCAAAACAGUCAUUAUUUGUAUUUAGAAUGCAGGAAAUAAAAACCUGAAGAUCUUUUACCAAAAAGCGUACACCAGCACCAUGUAAGGUGUUUGUGAAGAAUAAAUGUCAUUGACAUUUUAUAUGUCAUAUCCUCACACAUUGACUCAAUCUAAAUAAUAAAGAAAAAACAAGUCAGCACCCAAAUGAGAAUACUCUGAAUUAGGCUUUAGCAAAACAACACAGUGUACACAUCUUGUCUUUUGUCAGGGAUGAAGACACCACCUCAGAGCUCCAACAUGUCCAACUGCAUUUAAACUGUGGGACAAUGACGCUAUCAGGUGUGUUAAAAUGAAUAUGCUGUUAAAAUACGACUUGGCAGACAACAUGCAGUUAAUUCUUUGACUGUUAUCAUCGUAAGUAAUUGACAUAUACAUAACUUAAAAACCUUCAUAGCACUAUCCUGCAGGUGGUGCUCUGGUUUUGAAAAACCAACCAAAAAAAAGUUUGCUGAAGUUGCUUUGUGAAGUUGUGUUUAUAAAUUAUCUGAAGGGAGUGAGAAUGUCUCCACUAUAGUUUCGUCAAAGAAUUUCACUUGCCAAUACAUUUAUUUAUCUGCAAAUUUUCUACCUGAUUCCAAUCAAAAUCUGCUCUUCAACUGUUCGAGUCAUCAUUAUCACAAUAAAGGGAGCACAUAAUAAAUCAGGAUUUCUACUGACCCUUGUGCUACUGUCCCUUCAAUAGCACAAUACACUGCAGAUCAUCUCUUUGGGUUUUCUGCAUUUGCAUUUUCAAAUGUGAUUCCUUAUACAUGGUAUGUAAAACACUUUGUACUUUAACCUGUGCUGUUGAAUAUAUGCUUGCACUGCAGAAUAUUUUUAAAUUAUUUGUAUGAUCACAUAUUGGGCAUUUCUGUCUGAACUGCUGAUGAAACACGAUUAAAAUGCAUCAAUAAGA